AUGUCUACCGAGAAGUUGAACUACUCAGUGUCCGAGGACAAAACACCAACACAGAGGUUGUCAAACGAUGAUAUCACAGUUGAAAAAUCGAGAAUCAGUAUCUCCGAAGUAUCAAUUGUUUCAGAACACGUAGACAAAAACAAAUCCAACAAUCCAUUUCUCGACCCUGCCACAGCUGAAUAUUAUAAAGAGUUGUAUGAGAAAACAAAAUACGAAUGUCGCUCCCACUUUGAUCCUGAUUUUAAUUGGACAGAGAAGGAAGAAAAGAAAGUGGUUCGUAAAUUGAAUUUGAGAGUUGCUCUUGCUGCGUGUCUUAUGUUUGUCGCUUUACAAAUUGAUAGAGUCAAUUUACAUCAAGCUGUUACUGACAACAUGUUGGGUGAUUUAGGUUUGACCACGGAUGAUUAUAAUAUGGGAAACACGAUAUUCUACUUGUCUUUCAUGCUUGCUGAGAUUCCGUCACAAAUGAUUUCAAAGCGUCUUGGACCAGAUAUUUUUAUUCCUAUACAAAUCUGCGCUUGGAGUAUUGUGGCAAUGUGUCAGGUGGCGCUUAGAGGAAAGGCUUCGUUUUAUAUUACUCGUUGUUUGAUUGGUGCUAUUGAAGGUGGUUUCAUUCCGGAUCUUGUAUUGUGGUUGAGCUAUUUCUUCACCAGUAAGGAGUUACCCAUUAGAUUGUCAUGGUUCUGGUCGACAUUAACUCUCACACAGGUCUGCAUUGCUAUUGCUGCAUUUGGUAUCCUACGCUUGAGAGGGGUGUUUGGAUGGCCAGGAUGGGCACAUCUUUUCCUCUGGGAAGGUUUGUUCACUCUAGUGAUUGGCGUAGCUUCAUUUUACAUGAUGGUACCAUCAGCAGUACAGACAAGGAAUUGGAUGCACCCAAAGGGAUGGUUUACAGAACGUGAGGAGAAGAUCGUUGUUAACCGUAUUCUACGUGAUGAUCCAGCCAAGGGAACCAUGCACAACAGACAAGCUCUUUCAUUGAAAAUGUUGUGGGAGUGCUUGAUUGAUUACGACAUGUGGCCGUUGUAUGCAAUUGGGUUGAUGGCCUACAUUGGUCAGCUUACAUUUGGUUCUUACUUCACAUUGAUGACGAGAACCCUCGGAUUCGGUACCUUUGACACAAACCUUUUGACAAUUCCUGUUUCAGUGUUGUAUAUAUCAACACUUCUUGCAAUAACAUGGUUGUCGGAAAAGAUUAAUGAUAGAGCCUAUGUGUCAUCGAUUGCACCAAUCUAUGGAGCAAUUCUUCUCGGAGUGAUUAGAUUUUGGCCAGGGGCUGGUAUUCAAAUCUGGCCAACUUACGUAUUGAAUACUAUUUACCUCGGUCAUCCUUAUAUCCAUGCAAUCCUUGUAUCGUGGGUAUCAAGAAAUUCAAACUCGGUCAGAGCUAGGUCCAUCUGUUCUGCAAUGUACAACAUGUUUGUCCAAAUGGAUUCGAUCAUUGCUCAAAAUAUAUUUCGUGAAGAUGAUAGACCUUUGUACAAGAGAGGUUUAUUGCAAUUAUGGUGCAUUACGUUGUCAGUAAUCCCAAUGUUGAUAUUGACCAAAUUUUAUUACAUUUGGAGAAACCAAUCAAAGGAAAAGAAAUGGAAUGCAAUGACAGAAGAGCAACAGGCUGACUACAGAAGAAACACUACCGAUGAUGGAAACAAAAGAUUAGAUUUUAGGUAUGCACAUUGA